CACAAUUCUAACACAAUCAAAGAAACACGUAAAUAUUAAAACACACAGUUAUUGAAAGUCAUUGAGAAAAUGUUGAACGUUACACAAUUUAUGAUUGCGGACAGAAGAGUCCCUCAUAUAUCCACAGAUAUUACCCAAGGUAUCACAUUGACUAUAAUACUAAUGAUGUCGCUGCUGGGAAACAGCCUUGUUUGCUACUAUGGACUAACAUCUUCUCGAAGACAAGCAAUGAAUUAUUUUAUCAUCAACCUUGCUUUUGCAGAAAUAUUUUUUGCUCUCUUAGUGAUGCCCAUACACAUCAGCAAAAAUUUUAUUGGAUAUAACAUCAUUGUCAACCAUGGACUAUGCAGAAUUGUUCAAUAUUUUCACAUGGCAAUGUUAGGAGUUAUGAAUUUUACUUUGACAAUCAUAGCUGUUGAUAGGUAUCUGUCAAUGUUUCAUCCCACAUCGAAAAUAACAAUUCGCAAGGCAAAAUACAUGAUUGCCUUGGUGUGGUCCAUACCAUUUCUAGUUACAAGUCCUUUAUUUUUGGACUUAGCUGGCAUGAGAAUGCAUUCUAGACAACUGUUGCUUCAGUGUGGUAUAGGUAUAUCGGAAGAUGUAAGCCUGCAAAUUAAGAUAUACCUUUUGACACAAAUAACCUUAAUAAGUAUCCUACCCGUGACCUUGCUGAUCAUUAUGUAUAUUGGAAUGAUCUGGAGAAUUUUGCAAAUUGACGCAAGCCACAAAAAUCUCAAGUUCUCUCAGGCUGCUAAUGUCAAGAAGUCACCUUGUGGCACAUAUCGAGAGGAUAUAUCGGCAGCAAAGCGAAGGGCAUUUGUUAUGAACUUCAUUGUAACUUGUCUGCAUUUGUUUUGUUGGGGUCCGGUCAUCAUUUUGUAUGCAAGUCAAAUCAUGAAAAACUUUCAAAAUAACAAAACAAAUCUUUUGCAUAAUAUAUUGACCUACAUGGCAGAAUCUAAUUUGGCCUUGAAUCCAUUGAUUUACUGCCUCUUUGAUUAUGUGUUUCAAAGUAAAGUAAUAUGUUGUUUUAAGCACAAGUUCAGUCUGCAGCAACAUAAACACCUUCCAAAGGAUUGCAACAAACCCUUGACUGAGGAAAUAUUAAAUGAACUGAAUGUCAGCAAAAUAACUUCAACAGUUGAUGGCUGCAUGGAAAAAGAGCCUCUUCUCCAGAAGACCACUGCACAAUCACCAUCACAAAUAAUUUUGAGCAAAGAGAAAUUAAUCAAACUUGUUUGCAAUACAAGAAGAUACAGAAGUUUGGGUCUGUCAAGAAGCUCUCAGAUAUAAUGAUUGGAUAGGAAGCUUUGCUUUUCAACUAAAAUUUCAGUGUGAAGAAGAUAUGUGGGGUUAGAAAUAAAUAUGAAGAUGGUGGACAGGAGCAGUAACCUCUUCCCAAAUUUCAAAGAAGCCAUUGAUUUUGUGAGAACUUCUACUUUAUCAAAUUAUAGAAACUUAAUAAUUUUACAUUACAUACAGUGACCUAAAACAUUCAAGAUAAGCCUCCCCCCCUCCCUAAAAAAAAGGACAAGAAACAUACCUUUAAUGAUCCAAAUGUAUCAUGAAGAUCCAACAAGGUUUUGUCAUUUUGUCGAAUUUC